AUGAUUGUUGAUGAGACUGUUCUACUAUGCCUAAAGAUUUCCGCCCUUGUGACCUACUCUGGCCUGCAACUUGGCCAUCUCAUUCUGACAGGCCGUGGCACAUACUGGUCGUUCCCGUUGGGGAUCGCAUCCGACGCGAUGAAUUUUGUAGCAUCUUUAAUCAUGAUUCUUCUCUCAUUUUUGGAGCAUGCCCGCUCGCCGCGGCCGUCAAUGCUGCUCGGCAUAUACCUCCUGAUUACCGCCUUGUUUGACAUUGCUCGCACGAGAACCCAAUGGCUAUCGGCAGACUCUACGAACGGUUUCCAUCAAGCUCACUUGUCGAUCGCGAGUGUCGUUCUCAAAGUCGUCGUACUCGCCAUCGAAUCUAGGACGAAAAGGCGAAUAUCAGCUUCCGACAAGCAGCAAAGUCCGGAGGCGACGAGCGGUAUCAUCAGUCUUUCGACCUACUUCUGGGUCAAUGACCUCUUCCUCAGGGGAUUCCGCAAGCUUCUUGUUCUCGACGACUUGUAUGCGCUCGAUGAAGCAAUGUCAGCCGAGGUCAUAUACACCAAAUUCGGGCCUCUUUCAGAGAAAUCCAAAGCGCAGGGUCACAAGCAUGCUCUAUUCAGGGGUCUUACACAAACGCUCGUAGGACCAUUCAUACUGCCCAUCGUUCCACGGCUUUGUCAGAUGGGCUUCAAAUUCUGCCAGCCUCUCAUGAUUGAGAGCUUGUUGAACUACCUCCAGGAGCCCGUGGGCACUUUGUCACCGAAUAAGGGGUACGGGUACAUUGGCGCUGCCUUUCUCACCUAUAUUGGCAUGGCUACAUCCAGUUCCGUUUACUGGUACUUCCAAGAGCGCUUCGUUCACAUGGCAAGAGGUAUCUUGGCCUCGGCCGUCUACCGCAAAACGACCGUCAUCAGCCUGUCCGCCGCGGACGACUCAGCAGCCUUGACACUCAUGAACGCUGACGUGGAGCGCGUCAAGAAUGGUUUCCAGCCGAUCCACGAGUACUGGGCCAACACGAUCGAGGUUGCGUUGGCGUGUUGGUUGCUGCAAAGACAAAUUGGCGCCGCCUUUGUUGCGCCCGUUGUUGUCGUCAUCGUCUGUACGGCAGCCUCCACGGUGACCGCCAAAUUUACAGGAAAACGUCAGACCUUGUGGAUGGAGUCUAUCCAGCAGCGAGUCGGUGUCACUGCCAAAGCUAUCUCCAGCAUGAAGGCACUCAAGAUCUCAGCCAUGUCGGGGCCGAUUGAAAGCCUGAUUCACAGCUUACGCCUCAAGGAACUCAGAGUAGGUGGAAAAUGGCGACUGAUGCUCCUCGCGGCCGUGACGAUCGCAUACACGCCCUCUCAGCUUGGCCCCGUCAUGGCUUUCGCCGUGACUUCUCAGACUCUCAACGUCACGCGUAUCUUCACUUCCAUGGCGUAUCUCAUGCUCUUGGCUGGUCCGUUGGGGAGCCUGUUCCAAACCAUUCCGCAACUGGUUUCGGCAUUCGCCUGCUUGGGCCGUAUCCAGGCCUACCUAGAUAAAGACAGCCGUGUAGAUUAUCGCAAAACGCCCGAAGCCCCUCGUCCGUCAAGUUUGGAAAGCGAUACGAAGCCCGCUGACCUUCAGGCUUCAUCAAUUACAGUGAAGCAUGCUUCGUUCGGAUGGGCAGAGGGGAAGUACGUUCUGGAUGACGUUGACGUACUUGUACCUGCCAACUCCCUGACUAUCAUCGUAGGGCCUGUGGCUUCCGGCAAGUCGACACUUCUGAAAGGCCUUCUCGGCGAGGUCCCAUACCAUUCCGGUGAAGUGAUCUUCAGUGCCAACCAUCGCAGAGUAGGCUACUGCGACCAAUCUCCAUUCCUCUACAAUAGCACAAUCAAGGCCAAUAUCAUUGGACACUCCGGACUGGACCCUGAACGGUAUCGUCAAGUAAUCGACGCUACGAUGCUAUCUGCCGACUUUGCAACACUGCACAAAGGCGAUCGCACCAAGAUCGGCAGCAACGGGCUCACCCUGAGUGGUGGACAGAGACAACGAGUCGCUCUCGCUCGCGCCCUGUAUCUUGAAUGUGACUUGCUCAUCCUGGACGACAUCAUGAGCGGCCUCGACGCGACCACCGAAGAGCACGUCUUCAACCUGGUCUUUGGCAACCAAGGCAUCGUUCGUCAGAGGCGCAUCACAGCCGUAUUGUGCACGCACUCUGUGCGUCAUUUACCAUUGGCAGACCAUAUCAUCGCACUCGGCGCCGACUGUACUGUAGUCGAGCAGGGAUUAUUUGCAGACUUGCAGACCAACGGAAAAUACGUCCAAAGCCUCAGGAUCCAAGAAGCCGAGACCAUCCCUCAGGGAAAGCAUGAGGCAGCAAGCCAGACUGAGAAAAUACCCUUGGCGCAAACAGUCACUGAAGUCUCCGACGUGGUGGACGAACCGGACAAGGCACGCCAGCUGGGCGAUGUGGCAGUAUACAGGCACUACUUUGGCAGCAUGGCGAAAUGGGUCAUUGCCGUCUUCAUUUUCUGGUGCUGCGCCUACGCCUUUUGCAUGAACUUCCCCACCGUCUGGCUGAAAUUCUGGUCCGAGGACAUCACUGCCGAGUCUCCUAAGCGUUCGGGUGCGUUCUACAUGGGCAUCUACGCUCUUUUACAAAUCAUGUGUCUCGGGUCCCUGAUGGUGGUCGUCUUUAUCAACACGCGGACCAUGAUUUCGCAGUCCGGAUCGAGUUUGCACCAGCGGGCCCUGCGGACGCUCGUCGGCGCGCCGUUGAGGUUCUUUGCGACGACUGACACGGGGACGGGGACGAAUCUAUUUGCUCAAGAUCUCGCUUUGAUCGACAGUGAGCUACCGAUGGCACUGAUCAACUUUUCCGUAUUGCUUUUUGCCGCUGUGGGUAUGGCCGUCGUUAUUGCUGUCUCGUCGCCUUGGUUGGCGCUUAGUUACCCCUUUCUUGUGGCUAUUCUGUACUUUGUGCAAAUGUUUUACCUUCGUACUUCGAGGCAGUUACGUAUUCUGGAGCUCGAAGCAAAGAGUCCUCUUUACUCCCACUUCAUUGACACUCUCAAAGGUUUGGCGACGCUGAGAGCUCUGGGUUUCAUCUCUGCGGAUAUCACAGUCAACAACGACCUUCUCGACACCAGCCAGAGGCCAGCAUACCAGCUCGCAAUCAUCCAGCGGUGGCUACAGCUGGCACUCAAGUUACUCGUGGCAGCCCUCGCGACCAUUGUAGUGACGCUGGCGACGCAACUGCGGGCCAGCUCUGGAUUUACCGGAGCAUCACUAGUAACUCUCAUGUCUUUUGGUGAUACCCUGACUACAAUCGUUCAGUCAUACACCAUGCUGGAAACAAGUAUAGGAGCAGUGGCGCGCCUAAAGACGUUUAGCGACACGGUGACCCCAGAGACUGGGCCCAACGAAGACAUCAUUCCAAAGGAAAGCUGGCCUGAGAAGGGAGCAAUCGAGAUCAAAGGAGUCUCGGCGUCUUACGGAGCCUCCAGGGAUCAGCCGAGCUCAGCCGGCGAGGAGAAGCCGCCUGCGGAUCUAGCCAUUCGAGAUCUGCAUCUCUCAAUCAGUCCCGGCGAGAGGGUAGCUAUAUGUGGAAGAACAGGGAGCGGGAAAUCAUCGCUCAUUCUCCUGUUACUUCGUCUUAUCGAGACCUUGCCCGGAGGUGCGGGUGGUAUCGUGGUGGACUCGGUGCCGCUCGACAAGGUCGACCGAGACACUCUGCGGCGCCGUAUCAUAGCCGUCUCUCAGGACGCAAUCUUCCUCCCUAACGGGUCGACAGUGAGAGAAAACCUAGAUCCGUUUGACGCGGCGACCGAGGUUGAGUGUCUCGAGGGCUUGGAGCAAGUUGGACUGCUCGCGGGGGUACAAGAGCGAGGCGGUAUAGGUGCCGAUCUCACCGCCGAGUCUUUCAGCCAGGGGCAGAAGCAGCUGUUCUGUCUGGCUCGUGCGGUCUUGCGGAGGCGGGUGAAGAGCCGUGGUGGUACUGAUGGGGGGAUCCUUCUUCUUGAUGAAGUUUCUUCGAGUGUUGAUCGGGCUACGGAUCUUGUUAUGCAGGAUAUCAUUCGAAGGGAGUUUGAGGGGUAUACGAUUAUCAUGGUGUCUCAUCGCCUGGAUAUGGUGUUGGACUGUGAUACGGUCGUGGUCAUGGAUAAAGGCAGUGUGGUUGAGAAAGGGGCACCGCGGGUGCUGAAGGAUCAAGAAGGGGGCGUUUUCCGGGAGUUGUGGAAUACAAACGGAACAGUCGUCUUCGCAAAGUGGACAAGCAGAGGCAUUACGCGCUUGCAUGCCGAGGCUUAA